AUGACUACUCAUGAUGAAGAACAGUGUAUUGAUUGGCGGGAAGAAGCUCAAGCUGUGAUUCGAGAUGUUGGCUUUGCUCUAAAAACUAUUACCAUUUCAACAAAUCUUCCCCAGUCUUCAACUGAGAUAUAUUUUAAUGUUGAAACUAAAGAAGGCAAAAAGUUCUGUGUGGAAUUGUCAAGCUAUGGAUUCAGGGUUGUUUCUGAUUACUUUGAUAAAGUUGAAGAGACUUAUAAGGAUCAAACAUAUUAUGAAACACCCUAUGCUCUCAUGGAUAAAUACAGCUCUCAGUUCAGGGAAUGUUUUGCUGCUGCAUUGGAGAAAAAGUUGAGUCAACUGUCAUCUUAA